GGCUUUUACUUUGAAGGAGCUUUAGCGGAAGCACAGUUGCAGGCGGCCGGAAAUUAGCACUUUAGCUAGCUUUCUGUGUGUGAGCUUGCAGUCAAUCUGCGUGGAGUUUAUCUUUUCGAGGAGAGGAUUCGAGGUUGAAUACAUGCCCAGAAACUCACUGGAGCAAUGACCCAUACGUUCCUGACGAGGCUCAUGCUUCAGCAGCCGUAGAGUCACCACUUCAUUUGGUGAAAUGGGAGAGUACUCAUGUGAGCGGCACAGGAACUUCCUGAGCUUCCUGCUGCAACUAGGAAUCAAACCAUGGUAAACGCUGAUCCAGACCAUCAUGAAGAUCCUCUGAAGAACUGACACUGCCACAUCACGUUUGCCAGCAGGUUUGAUUGAUUCUGGGAUGUAUACCAAUGUUGCAGGUGGACAGCAGUUACACAUCUCAUCAGCAUUUGAGAAAAGGAACACUCUGAGGUGGAGAGGAUUUUAAAUGUUUGUCCACUUUGCUGCAGCUCAUUGAAGCAGCCGUGGCAUUAGUUCUCUGUUCCCCAGAAACAGUUUUUCUCCCAGCACCCUAACAGACUUUUGAGAACCUCAUCUUCCAGAAUGGAGGUCAGCUCUUAUUUCCCAAGUGUCAGACAUCGGAACAACCUGCAGUUACAAGAACCUGUGGAGCAUUCUACCCCUAAAUGUUCUCAAGUAAAAGGCCAUUUCCUUCGAAAGAACACGCCUCCUCCCUCAGUGGACACUGACAACUUCCCCCACAGAGGACGCAGGAGGCCCUUAAACAAUCAAAUACUUGAGCUGAUCGACCAAGAGGUUGCGAAGUGCAAGUCACAUUUAAGUAAAGUAUCUGCUCCUCCCGACAGCAGGUGCACUACUGACACACACUCACCCACCAAAGUGAGUGUCUCUGUACUGUCGCCAAGCAAUGCAGACCGUGAAGCCACAACCUCCAACUUUGAGCAAGUGGAGGUGCCAAGACAGAGUCCCAGCUUUCAGCCGUUUUCUGCUUCUAAGCAGCUGCAAGAAGAGGAGGAGCUUAUCGGUGCAUAUUCAGAACCGGGGUGCAGCUCCGCAGAGACAACUUCAAGACAUUCAGAAUUUCUAAGACAAGCGCCAGGCCUCGACGGAACAGAAAUCAAGGAGAACAUUCCUGUAGUCAACCGUGAACCCCCUAGACUCAAUCCAGCAGCCGACCACACAAGACAAAGUCGUACCUCCACUGAACAGGAGCACAGCCGGAUCGUUCCUCAAAUUGCAGUCGAGGAUGUAUCUUUGUUGUGUUCAAAGGCCGCAGUUUCUCCUCAGAACAAACCUGAAGGAGGUAUCUGCCAAAACCCUAGGGUCCAAAUUUCAGAGAAUCCAGUUGUGUCGACGCUGACGAGGUCUCCUCAGCCCAUUCUGUAUGAAGACAUCAGUGAGGACGAAACCGAAAUAUAUCUAGAGAAGUCCCCAUGUCCACCUGAAUGGUCUGAUGCAGAGGAGGACGCGGACCCCUGCAACGUUUUAGAUUUUGAUGGUGAUGAGGAAGAUGAUGGCGACUGGGAGGUCUUACCCCUGAGCAUUUUAAACCUCCAGUUUCAACCCAGCAACCAACAAGUUCUACUAGAUAAUGAGGGAAAAGAGAGAGCAUGGGGCUCAAGGCAGUGUGGACCCUUUGCAAACGUCAUCCCUGCCUCUGCAUUCACUCAGAUGAAGGUUUUUGAUACCCCUGACCAACAAGAAGGAGCUGUGACGUUUGGGAAGCUGUCCUUUGUAAUUCCCCCCAUUAAUGAGCAUCAUUUGGUAGAAGUAGAGAGCAGAGAGAACUGCUCUGACCUGGAAGACUGCUGUGACACAGAGGACAGCAACGAUUACUCAUCCGGUCCUGAGUCCAACUUAAUGACCGUGUCCCUGCAGUGCCUGAAAAACCUGUCAGCUCUGUCACCAGAGUCCAAGUUUGAGAAAGAGACCAAAGAGAAGACGACCACUCCAGAAAAAGGAUGGAAAGUAGAAGGGCAAAAGCACCAGAACCCUGUAAUUGUCCUGGAUUCUAGUGAUGAGAGUGAUGACAAUCUUGAGUUGACAAAGCUUCAGCCAGCCCCUGAUGGUUCUGAGAACAAUCAUACAAACCAAUCUAAGAUGGACGUUCGCCGUGAUACAAGAGACAAGGUUUCAUCUGAAGAUCUAGAUAGGACAGAAGAAUAUGGAAAAAACAUGUGGAAGGAUGAGGGCAUCAUCAUCCUCUCCGACUCAGACGACGACCAACCUCAAAACCAACCUCAAGAGACCACAAAAUGUAGUUCUGCUGCUUCUCCCAGCCAGAACCCGACUGCUGACAGCUCUGCUGGAUGUCCAGAACCUGAAACAGCUACUAAGGAGUCUGGGACAAAAAAGUUCAAAAAGUUCAAAAGAAAAAGAGCCUUGCCCGCAGAGACACAGCCGCUGGAGAUCAACGCUAAGAAAUGCACCCAACAAGCUUCCCCAGUGAAGAUAGCAGAAAAGCAGUCUACUCCUGAGCAUCAGAUCUCCAUUGUACCUCAGUUUUACCCUCAAAAACAUCCCAAUCCACGCAUUCAGCUUGUUCAGAGGCCUGACACUCAAAGACAGCCUGAGGAUCCGUCCAAUCCAAUACCACCCUCAGAUCGCUUCAAAGAAGACAUGGCCAAUCAAAGAGUCAAAAGAUCUGUGCUGCGGUCCAAAUCACAUCCAUCCUCAGCAGCACCUGCAGGGCAGAAGUCCGUCUCCUUUAGUGUUUCUUCAACAUCAAAACCCUCCAACUCUUCCGAGGGCCGGCCGCCUUCAAGAGCUCAGCUGCCUUUGAACCCCGCAAAGAGCAAAGUGUGCUCCGACUGGCAGGAAUCCUUCUUCUCGAUCCGGAAGAAAACCAAGGAUCAAAAGGAGGGAGACUCCAAAACCAAAGCCAGCAACCUGCCAGCUGAAACCAGACCCAGACCUGCUAGAGUCCCCAAACGCCGCAACUCCCACGACCCUGCACCACUUAUGAAGAAGACCAAGUUAAACGCCAUGGAGUACAUCAGGGCCAGGAACUGCAACACCGCCAUAGACCCAAAAUACCCUGUUGGCAAAGGCUACAAGUGGAAGAACUCAGCAGCGGAUGGAUCCAAGAAUAGGGUAGGACGGCACAGAAGCAGAAAGCACCGCUCUGAAAGUCCAUUCAGUGACAGCUCCUUUUAAAGACACGGCAGCCGUUUUGUUUUUAAAGGUUUUGUUCUGUAAAUAAGAAUCUUUUUGUAUUGACACCAUGUUCACAGCAGUUUUUGUUCAAUGCUAAAGUAACUUUGUUUUAUUAAAAAAGAUUU